CUUGCUGGUAGUUCUACCAUGAGGACUCAAAUCACGCGCGGCUGGCCGCCAAUCACCAGCUACCAAUCACCUGCCUACACCUGCUCUAUAAAGAGUAGUCUAACAUAUGUCUUGCUGCUCAGGUCUUCGUUCAACGCAUGAGCUGCUUACUGUGCUUUCGAUUCGCUAAAUCUCGUCGCAUAGUACCAUGUCGUUUAAUACAUACCCAGAGGCCGUAAUGUCGGAUUUCGAUGAGGACGCUUUUCCUCCAUCUCCUGCCGUAUCACGUAGGAGUUCGCGAAUCCAAUUAAAAUCGGCUUCUUGGGCGUCUUGGCCAACCAAAAAACUGCUGGAACUCCUGACCCAAGAAGGCGUCCCAGUGGAAGUCGGCUUGUCGCGGGCGGAUGCCCUGCAGCUUGCCGACACAGCGCUGGGGGAACAUCUCCACGCUCAACUCUCCCCAACGUUCACUCCGGAUGCCGCCGCCGCUGGCUCCGCUGCUGCGACGACUACAAAACCCGGCAAAAAGCGCGCUGGUCGGCUUACUACCUCCGGCCCGGCCAAGCGAGCGCGGAAAGCCGGUAAUUUCGUUCCACGGGAUCCUCAUCACCACCCCCAACAAAUCCCCGACGCGGACCUUCGCCAGGUUCUACACACCCUCGCCGAGUCGGUCCAAAGCCUCGGCGCCAGGAUGGAUGCUGUUGAAACACCAGGCCGCAUUCCCGGACGGGUCCAGGCCCUCAACCCGCCGUCGUUCAUCGCCACGGCGCCUUUUUCCUUCCAGCUACCAUCCGGCUCGGCUCCUUCCGCCUCCAUAGGCUAUGCUCCCGGCACGUGCUCGGGUACCACGGCUACUGCAGCCCCCGCGGUAGCCCCUUUCGCGUAUUCGCUCGCUACUGCUCUACCAGUCCAGCUCCAGGGUAGGAGCUUUAUUACGCCCGCCGCGGCUACGGUUUCUCAGACCACAAAAAAUAAUAUAAUCCAGGGCAGAGACGUUAAUCUCGCGGCGUUACUGUUACCCUCCCCCGCCAUAGAGCGUCAAUGGGUUGAUUGCGGUGACGUGUCCGUUCUUCUGAAAACGUCAGACCCUAGACUUACGCGUAAUCUCUCUUUUGGCGAGUUCGUCAUUACAUUCGGGAUUUACAGAGACAUUAUGUGCCAAGUUUAUCCGGAUAGGAGGGCAGAACUUGACGCUUACCUCGCUAUUAUCGCCGACCUCAACCAGCGCUACGCCGGAACGUUAUUUUAUGAAUAUCAUAAAGCAUUUUCUGCCAAGUCGGCCCAAUGGAUCUCCAUGCUUAAUGUGAGGAUUGAUUGGUCCACUACGGACACCGAGCUUCUGCUCCACCACUUCGGUGGCCAUCAGUCAAUUUCUUGCGCUAUCUGCAGUUCCCACGGGCACACAACGGUGCUAUGCCCCAAGACCGCUACUACCGCCCCCGUCUAUGCCCCUAAAACGCCACUCGUCCAUAGUGACGUUAACCUUUUGCAGGGACCCGCACCCGAAAACUACCUGCCCCCGCCGCCAAAGGCCGGCAAUUCAAGGGAGGGGCCAUCCCUCCAAGAGAUUUUAAAAUCUCACCCAUCUACCCCAAUUAACAUUGCUUCUCUUUCAUCAUUCCUCUCAUCGCACCCCGACUCCGGUUUUGAAUUCAGACGUCUAUGCCCCGCAGCGAAUACGGACCCAAUAAUCAGCCCACCCUUCCACGAACUCCGGCUGGAUUAG